AUGGACCUCAUUCAGCCACGACAGACAUAUCAACGCGCCAACACCGACGACCUAGACUCCAAAGCAGACUACGAUGUCGAACUGUCGUCGAUUCGGACCAAGUCCAGCUCCAGCUACGCGUUCAAAGACCAGAUACCGCUUCUGGACCACGCGGAUCCCAUCCCUACAGAAACGAUGUUCGACCGGCCCCCAAAGAAACAUCUCCGACCUCCGUGCUUCACCUGGUCCAGCCGCCUAUACGGCUGGAGAAGCGGCGCCCUUGGUGCAGCUGGGAUCGCGGUGGUGUCGCUGCUGAUCAAUGUCGUCGGCCUCGCCUGGCUGGGAUCCCACAAGGCAGACUCGGGCCUCGUCGAGGUGUUUAACGGCGAUUGUGAAAAAGUCGAGCGUCUGGACAUCUGGAUCCAUUUGGCCAUUAAUGCCAUCAGCACGCUCCUCCUCGGCGGGUCGAACUACUGUAUGCAGUGCCUGUCGGCCCCGACUAGGCCGGAGAUUAAUCGCGCCCACGUCAAUGGCCGGUUUCUCGAUAUUGGAGUCCCCAGCGUUCGAAAUCUUCUAAGCAUUCCUACUUAUAAGACACUCCUGUGGUUGACGUUGGGGCUGUCGUCGGUGCCGCUACAUUUGAUGUACAAUUCGGCCUUCUACAAAUCCCUAUCCACUAAUGACUACGGUCUAUAUUUCGUCAAGCAAGACUUUAUCGACAGCCCGACCUUCACCUCCGCUGAUCCAGCCUCGGAUACCGUCGCCGACCCUACAAAGAUCCACGCCGACGUUAGGAUUCCGGGCGUUUAUGAGCGGCUAGACAAGGUUGCGUGCAUUAAAGCCUACGCUACAAAUUUUGUCAGCGACAGACGGAAUCUGGUGCUGGUCACUAAAAACGAGACAGUCGACACUUCGCUCAUUUUCGAUACGGAAUACUUCUACACCGGUCUGUACCAAUUUCAAUGGAUUUGUACCAGCGACCCGAAAAUCGACGACAAAAUUACUGUCCCACGAGAUUCGCUCAACUACGCUCUACCCUGCGAGACGUUUGUGUCCAAGAUUAUCGCCAUAGCCGACGAGUGGCAGCCCUAUGGAUACGAUGUACAGUACUGCCUCAGCGAACGCGUGCCCGAGAAAUGCAGCUUCAACGGCAACGUGCCUAUCGUCGCUGUGGUGGUAGCCUGCAAUGCUGUCAAGAUUGCGGUUAUGCUGUUCGUCGCCUUCCGGCUGCGCGACAGGCCUCUGAUCACCAUUGGCGAUGCGGUCGAGUCGUUCCUCGACGAAUCCGACAGGACGACACGAGGGCUCUGUCUGCUUUCGAAGAAGGACGUGGUCAGAUACGUCCGUGGCAAGGGACAUUGGUCCGUCGAGUGGGAAGAGGCCGGCGGUGAAGAGGCCAGAAAGUCCACGGUAGCCCGACCUCAAACCGUGCGCUGGUCCCAAUCGGCGAGCCGUCUCCGCUGGUCCCUAACCAUCGGGUUCUUUCUGCUCGCGCUAGUCGUGGUGGGCGCGUUACUCCGCCUCGCCAUCUCCUCCAUCGAAGGCACAGGCUUCACAAUCGCGAGCCUGGGGUUUGGCAAAGUCAACCCGUCGACCAUCAUCAGCGGGUGGAGCGUGGGGAGCAAAGGCGGACCUACAGAAAGAAUCAUCGCCUCGAUCCUCAUCGCCAACCUACCCCAGACGAUCCUGUCGUUCCUCUACCUCAACCUCAACGGCUUGCUGACCAGCAUGUGGCUCGCAUCGGAAUGGAGCGACUUUGUCCACGAGCGCAAAACCCUGCGUGUCUCAAAACCCCGCGGGCCCCAGCGGAGCACGCAUUUCCUGCAACUACCUUACAAGGUCGCGAUCCCUUUAAUGGCCCUUUCGGGCCUGUUGCACUGGCUGAUCUCACAGUCUAUUUUCCUGGCUGUGGUGGCCGAGUACACGUCGUUGGGCGAGCUGUUCAGCUCCGUGGCCGUCGCGUCAUGCGGGUUUUCCCCACUGGCCAUGAUCCUGGUGCUUGUCGCGGGGGUGUGCAUCAUCAUCGCGACUAUCAUGCUGGGCCUGCGGAAACACUCCAGCGCCAUCCCCUUGGUCGGGAGCUGUAGCGCCGCCAUCUCCGCCGCGUGUCACCAGCCUGCGUGGGAUGCCGACGCCGCAAUCAAGCCCGUCCAGUGGGGGGUCAUCCCAGGCUCGGGCGAUGAGGGCGGGGUCGCUCAUUGCGCUUUCACCAGCGGCAAGGUCGAGCCGUUGCAGUAUGGCAGGGAAUAUGCUGGGAUACUGGAAAGGAUUGAUGUUGACUUAUGA